AUGUCUCGCGGUGGUACUACCCUUUACGUGACAGGCUUCGGCCACGGCACGCGCGCCCGCGAUCUUGCCUACGAAUUCGAACGGUAUGGUCGCCUCGUUCGCUGCGAUAUUCCGGCCCCCCGGACUGCAUCCAGUCGUCUGUUUGCUUUCGUUGAGUAUGAGAGCCGUCGUGAUGCUGAUGAUGCUUAUCAUGAGAUGCACAACAAGCGCAUCGGUCGGGAUGACUUGUUGAAGAUUGAGUGGGCCCGUACUCCCCCUUCUGCUUCGUGGCGCUUUGAUUCCGGCCGUGACCGUCGGUACGGUGGUCGCCGUGACGCGACCCCCCCUCGCCGGAGCGCUCGAUCUGUCACCCCUCCCCGCCGUCGGGAGUACUCCCCUCGCAAAGAGGAUCGCCGAGAGCGCGACUAUGACCGCCGUGACCGGGACCGCUCGCGGAGCCCUGAUGACCGCGACCGCGAGGACCGCGAUCGUGACGACCGUGACUUGCGGGACCGCGACUUGAAGGAUGAGCGUGACCGUCCCGAGGAACGCGAGAACGGCGCCAACGGCGAUGACCGGAAGGCUCCUUCGGCGACGCCGCCUCCGGCGCACGAUGACCUCGACACUGCCGAGUAAACUAAUAAUCCCUCCGAAGCUGGAUAAGGUGGGCAAAAAGGGCGACACAUGUCCCCUCGCUGAUACCAUGACCCUUGCAUUAUCGGCAAUUCCGUCCAUAGAAGAGCUUUUCAACUUCGUCUGGGCCGAAUCAAUACUGCCCAUGGACGUGAAUGAAAAGUUUAGAUAGUUGCCACCCCUCUUCCCCCCUUUACCCCCCUCUCGCAUUUUUUUUUAUUAAAUUUGCUUGCUUUCCUUUACGUAUGUAACAUGUCCCUUGUGUGAGGGCGAGGUUGGCAAGAUAAAUGGCUGUUUGAUUGAAGAUGGCGUAAUAAGUUGUAUUAUAGUUUUUUUUGAAUAGGUAGGAAAGAGAAUCAAUACUCGAAUUCUGCUGGAUCAAUUUAUGCUGGCUGGGUUUAUUAUUCAUAUUGGCC